GGCCGGCCAUAUGUGACAUACACAUCCGGUUCCUGGCUACCAACACUGGCGUGGGUGGCCAGAGCGCUUGCCUUCCACACGUACCUGAACAGUCAUUGCCAGUAACUAUGGUGUUUAUAAACGAGAAGAAGUAUGCCUGCGAGUCCUGUAUCAAGGGACAUAGGUCUUCUUCCUGUGGGCAUACCGAGCGGCCUUUGUUUGAAGUGAAGAAGAAAGGUCGCCCUGUCUCCCAGUGUCCUAAAUGUCGUGAUCUCCGUCAGGCAAAGCGGGUGCACUCCAAGUGUACAUGUAAUCCAUCGUCAACGGCGAUCGACAAGGUCCCCAUUCCUGCGGCUCGUCCGGAUAGGAAGCCUCGGCGGUUCAUGCCUAGUGUGCCGACUCUUCCCAACGGGAUUGUGGAUGUCUUCAAGUCAUCGGAGGUGGCGGGUCCAUCCAGUUCGAAGCAAUGUCUUGAUGCGUUGCUCAAUCCGUGUCAAUGUCUGGGUGAUGGCCCGUGCACGUGUGGUUCGACGACCACUUCUGGACCUACUGUUCUCGAGCAACGUUUUUCAGGCUUAACAGCACUUGCAGAUGCUGCGGCAAUGUCCAGCGAAAAAGUAAAUCAAAAGUCUCCGGUUCAACCGACAUUUUCUACACGAUCUUGCUGUAGCAAACCAUCCUCAUCGCGCAUCACUACUCAAAAAUUUGAUCUGCCGCCUAUUCUUUCCGGUUCUUCUGGAUCCCUAUCACAAGUUCCUGACUUUUCGUUUAUGCCUCCACUCGAGGCCAUUAAAUCCAUCGCAGGCUCAGGGUGCACUUGUGGUCUUUAUUGUGCCUGUCCGGGGUGCGCAGAGCAUCGAAACCCACAGCAAGCAACGACAGAGUUGAGAGACUGCAAGGAUGGUUGUGGAGACUGUGUAGAUCAUAGUACAAUCGCGCUUCCCGGACUGUUUCCAGCUAGUCCGAAAGGUAAUAUGCUUGACGCGUUUUUUGAUCGUUUGCCCGCACUUCCCGGGUUACCGAGGUCAAAUAUCGCCAAUUCUGUGGAGACUAAUAUGGAAUAUCCCAGCAAACAAUAAAGCGCUUCAUUUGAAUACGUGUUCUUGUGGUCGAUAAAGUGCGCCUCCACUCCACAAUGACAGCAAGGAGCACGGCACCCGGUUUCUGUGGACCAUGGCGACGAUCACUGGACGCUGGUGCGAGUUAGCUCGGGACCACAUUAGGGUAUUCACGGGCUCGUUGUUGUAUGGCUUCCCGAAUGCAGGAUAGUUACGUACUGCUCCACAUAUUGCUUGAUCAUACACCGUGCAUACACGCUUACUCGUAAGCGGAAGGUUUGUAAAAUACGUCCAUAGUACUGUAAAUAAUGGGGACCACUAGGAUCU